CGCCGACACGGGAGAUUUCCAGCCCCAGAGGAGCCCGAAGAACGAACCGUCGAUCGCCGCCGUUCGCACCAAGACAACAUGGGCCUUGAAUCAACAAUGAUUGUGGUGGAUACGUCCGAAUGGAUGCGCAAUGGGGACUAUGUGCCGUCGCGUGUGGAAGCACAGGGGGACGCGGUCAACUUGUUGGUGACGUUCAAGACGAACGCGAACCCGGAAAGCACUGUCGGAAUCCUUGCCAUGUCGUCCACUGUGAACGUACAUAGCAAAACGGUGUCGCUUCUCGCGAGCCCUACGGACAACGUGGGCAAGCUACUGAACGUCGUGCAUGAGAUCACCCCCACGUCCAUUGGCGGGUCCAUCCAGUUUGCGGAAGCGAUCCAAGUUGCACAGCUUGCGCUAAAGCAUCGCCGCAACAAGAAAGGCAGCGCACGCAUUGUUGUUUUUCUCGGCUCCCCCAUUGACGAAGAUGACAAGUCUCUGAUCAAGGUCGGCAAACUCCUCAAGAAGAACAACAUUGGCGUCGACGUAGUGUCAAUGGGUGAUGUGGACAUCAACGCAGCGAAGCUCCAGGUGUUUGUCGAUGCUGCCAACAGCAACCAAAACAGCCACCUUAUCACGGUUCCGCCUGGUGUAUUGCCUUCCGACGUUCUUGUGUCGAGCCCUGUGUUUCAUGGCGACGAUGGAGGGAGCGGCCACAUCGGUGGCGGAGGCGCUGCGGGCGGGAACGACUUUGCAGAGUACGGCGGCGUUGACCCGAGCAUGGAUCCCGAUCUUGCCUUGGCUCUUCGCGUGUCCAUGGAAGAAGAGCGAGCGCGACAAGAAGCCGUCGCCAAACGCGCCGCUGCCGAGGAAGCAGCGGCUGCAGCCGAGACUGCGACACCACCUGCAGCUCCUGUCACUGCUACGGUUGACGCGCCGACGCCAGUUGCCCCCAUCACACCCGCGCCGCCCGUCGCCACACCGGCGACCACUCCGGCAGCUGCCCCGACGACCCCGGUCCCAGCCACGACUGCCGCUGCUGCAGCGAGCCCGGCCCCUCCUGCGCCAGCUUCUGCCUCACCUUUCAUGGACCCUGCAUUUGUCAGUCAGCUGCUGGGUGGGCUUCCUGGCGUGGACCCGAAUGAUCCAAAGAUCAAAGAAGCGAUGGAGAAACUGACCAAGAAGAAGGACGACGACGCCACCAAGUAGUCCCUCCGUCGAUAGAGUCCCAUGCACGAAAAUUGAACUAUCUCGAAGUGAAAUCGCGGAUUGGUUUGUUGCACGAGUUGCGUCUUGCACCGGACCCACACGGUUGCGCGCCGACGGACGAGUGCGAUCCUUGGAACUGAACGACUCGAUGGCGCGCGCGACAACUGCUCCAUCCAUUCACAUGAAAACAUGGUUGUGAGUGCGUAAUCAACUCAUUCAGUCAGCCACCCGAGAUCCCCUCCAACCCUUUCACACUCGAUGCCAAUGUUGUGGGAUUCUCGAAUGCAUCGACUGCAUGGAUUCCCGAGGCAGACAUCGUUGGGCAGCGACCCGUCAUCAAGUUUGCCUUGGGGGUGGAGCUGGGAUUCUUUGGUCACGUGGCCUCGUUCGCGCGACAAUCAAUGGCGAUCAGGUGAGCUGCCAAGGCGCGGGGACCCUUGCUCUCCUCGAACUUGCUGCAGCUCGUGCAUGGCGGGCUGCAACGCGCUACGUGGCAGGGGAAUGUUCGAUCCGAUGGACCUUGGCCGCGGACGCACAGGCGGCGGUAUCGCAGUGGACACUGGUCGAUGGUCUUGCCGGUUUGUGCUAGAGCGCAAGGUUUCCUGCAGCGUUGUCGACGUCGAGGACGAUGGCAGUUUGAACGGUUGAGCUGAUCUGUCGCCCCAACACCACUGAUGUGUCUGCGACCGUGGGUGUCCAGAUGCAGCCUACAAUUCGGCCACAUGCGUCAGGUCAAGGAAUGCAUGACGGCGACUGCGAUUGAAGAGUCGAGCGGACCGUUGAGAUGCCGCGGCAUUUCGUGCGUUCCAGGACUUCCACUUGGCGAGCGAGUUUGGCAGCGGUUAUGUUGACGCUGGCUAGUUGUUUCUGGAGAGCGUCCGUUUCGGCUUUGAGUUGGACCAUGCCGUUGGUUUUGACGGACAAGAGCUGGGCGAGACGGUCGCGAUCUCGACGGACAGCACGCGCUUGCUCAGCAGCAGAUUCGAAAGCCGCACAUUUGUCCUUGGCGGCGCGGAGUUGGGCUUUGUGCUUGUCGUAGGCAGUUGUCAUCUGGAACGACGACAGUGUGUUCGUCGCGACGACGAAAUGAGUCCUACCGACCGUCUGGACGCGAUGAACCAUGUACACCAAGACUUGCUGCGUCACUGCUUCGGGUAGGGAUGCAAGCAUCCACGCUACAACAUGCCCGGCGGAUAUCGAGUGCGAACAUGGAGGUUGGACAAUUCCAACCUUGAGACGCAGGCUGAGAGAAGAGGCCGUCGAUGCAUGUGACGUGGAGGUUGGCCAGGAUGACCUUGAUGCACCUAGGUUUGCAAACACCGUCACACUUUGUUCUCCGUUACAGCCAUCGUCAUUACAAUGCAGACAGCAGAGGAAUCGGUUUGCGUUUCUUGAUGAGCUCGCCAAGGUUUUGCUGCUCCUUGGUGUCGUCGACCGAGGACAAGAGCACGCGACAACGUACGACAUGGAUUGGAAGUGAUGCCGAGCCGUAUUCCCCAUUGCAAUGUGGGCAUCUUUCCAGAAUAAGGCGCGAUGUGCGGCGAGCCACGGCGACAUCGUCCUGCAACGGUAUCGUCCACAUUGUGGAUAUUUUCUUCAAACCAAUUUUUUGAUUAAACGAAAACACAAUCGGCACAAUAUUCCGCAAUUUAUUCGAUUUGAUGGAUAUUCCAUGCCAGUUUAUCAUAUUUGACCAAAUACAUUUAAUGAGUACGUGGA